AUGGAAGGUGGUCUGAGAAUAUCAGAGAAGAAAUACACUCUAUUAAUGGUGGAUCCAGAUGCUCCUAGUUGUCAGAAACCUUCUCGCGCUUACUGGAAACACUGGUUACUGGUUGACAUUAAGGGUUACAUUAUGGAAACAGAAAAUGUCAGAGGGUUUGAAGGCACGACAUACACCCGUCCCACUCCACCCCAAGGCACUGGACUCCACCACUAUCAGUUCCUUGUAUUUGAGCAGCCUGAAGGCCAGAGCUUGUCCCUCAGCCCACAGGAGAAGAGCUCACUGGGUAACUGGGAUCCGCAGGCAUUUGUUGAAAAGUUUGGUCUGGCUAGACCAGUGGCUUCACUCCAGUUCCUCACCCAAAACCACAAGGACUAGAGGACACCUCCAACCUGCAUCUCAACUUUGACCUCUGGCUUUCACACACUCUAUGGCUUGUUUUUGUCCCA